GCCUUUCUUUCUCGUAGUCACUCUUCUUCGAUCUUCGCGCGCGCGCUCUCUCAAAUGUCGAGCUCGGCGCCGCGAAUCCUCCUCUGCGGCGACGUUCUCGGCCGCAUCGACCUCCUCUUCAAGCGCGUUCUCUCGGUCACCAAAUCAGCUGGGCCUUUCGACGCCCUGCUAAUCGUUGGUCAGUUCUUCUCUGAGUCCCCUGAUCUCGUCUCUGAUCUCUCGGACUUCAUCGAUGGUCGCUCCGCUGUUCCCAUCCCCACCUACUUCAUCGGUGACUAUGGUUUCGGUGCCUCUCAGAUACUCUCCGGCGCCUCCCAGCACCCCUCUAACCGUGGCUUCAAGACUGAUGGCCUCCAGCUCUGUGCUAACCUUUUCUGGCUCCGUGGUAGUGGGCGGUUUUCCCUCCACGGGUUGAGUGUGGUGUAUUUGAGCGGGAAGAGCUCGCCUGAUGCGGAGGGGAAUGGAAGGUAUACCCGGGAUGAUGUGGAUGCGCUGCGGGCUUUGGCGGAGGAGCCUGGGAUUGUUGAUAUCUUUAUGACUAAUGAAUGGCCGAGUGGAGUUGUGAAUGGCGCUGAUACUUCUGCAGCGCCACCAGGAGUGAUGGAUCCUUCAGGUUGUGAUCCUGUUGUGGCAGAGUUGGUGGCGGAGAUCAAGCCUCGAUAUCACAUUGCGGGUACCAAAGGUGUAUUUUAUGACCGGGAACCCUACUCUAAUAUUGAUGCUGCACAUGUUACACGUUUCAUAGGACUCGCUGCAGUUGGCAAUAGGGAAAAACAAAAAUUUAUUCAUGCGAUUUCUCCUACUCCAGCAUCUACCAUGUCUGCUGCUGAUAUUUGCAGUAAACCUCCCAACACUACAUUGUCACCGUACUUAGUCACAGAGAAGAAAAGCCACUCAAGAGAAGCUGCCAAGAGAUCUGUCAAUGAUGAUCUUGAUGCACAAUAUUGGCGUUAUGAUGUUUCAAAAAAGCGGCAGCGGCAGGGGCAGGGAGGUGUAGAUAGAGAAAAACUGUGUUUCAAUUUCACAUCUAGGGGAUCUUGUGCUCGAGGGGAAAAUUGCAACUUUCGACAUGAUGAUGAUGCGAGAGUGCAAUCUCAGAGAAAUGUCUGCUUUGAUUUCCUUAACUUAGGAAAAUGUGAGCGUGGUCCUGAUUGCAAGUUUAAUCAUGAAUUUAUGGAGGAAGGAGAUACUAAGGGGAAACAUGGAUCUCGGAACACAGGAACUUCUAGACGGAGCUUGGGGAAGAGGUGCUGGUUCUGCUUGUCUAGCCCAGAUGUUGAGUCACAUCUUAUACUUAGUGUCGGAGAAAGCUGGUACUUGGCACUUGCUAAGGGUCCGCUAAUUGAUCAUCAUGUAUUAUUGGUACCAAUUGAGCACCACCCUCAUACUCUCACAAUGUCUCCUGAUGCGGAGAAGGAACUUGGGAUAUUCAAGAAUGCUGUCAACAUGUACUUCAAGAAACAGGGAAAGGCUGUAAUUUUCUUUGAAUACCUUUUGCAGAAUAUAUCUCAUGCUAAUCUUCAGGCAAUCCCCAUCCCAUUGUCCAAAGUAUCCAACACACAGCUAAUUUUUAAUUUGGCUUCCAAGAAGUUGGGGUUUGAAUUUGCAAUCAUCAGCGCCCAAGGUGAUCGCAAUGAAGGCAGAAAAUUAUUGAGGUCUCAAUUUGAAGGGAAGUCCAGUGUUUUUUAUGUUGAACUUCCAGACGGCACAAUAUUGUGGCAUUCAGUGGAUGAAAAGGAUAAAUUCCCCGUCCAGUUCGGACGUGAGGUGCUUGCCGGUUUGUUAAAUGUGCCAGACAGAGCUGAUUGGAGGAACUGCAAGAUGAGCAAAGAAGAUGAGAUAAAAAUGGCUGAAACUUUCAAGAUGGGAUUUGAAGAAUUCGAUCCUGCUCGAUAACUUCAUCAGCAGUGCAUUCAUUCCCAGAAACAUGAAAUGAUAUCAAAAUUUUGCAAAGGGAUUGAUCAAAACUUGCACUUGACGGUAAGAAAGAUUUUUUUAGAGUUUUGUAUGACACUGGUCACUGGUUGAGUUUGAAACAUUUUGUGCCUUCAUUCACUGCUGAUAUUUAGCUUUUUUAUCUGUGAUUUAUUACUGUAAUCUUAUGUGGAUUUUUUUUGGUUCAAUAAUUAAAUUAUUAGUGAUUUGUUAA